AGUGAUUCUGUGCUCUGUUCACAUGUGGAAAUUUCCACUAUCUCCCCAACACUGUUAAAUGCAGAGGAGCCCCUCUGAAAAUGACAAUUUGCUCGAUUUCCGUUGCCAUUUAAAGACAGCCUUCUAGAUCCACAUCACUCCUUGUUAUUUGAGUAAACGUUUGAGAGCGAGUACAGACAGCUGUGCGUCUUGUAUUGCAAGUAGAUGCCAUUCCUUCUGCCCUAAGCUGAUAAUCAAAAAAGAUUGAGUUUCGGAAUUAUUAAGGUUUGAUUUUAAGUGAAAAAGUUACAGAAGCAGCAUCUCAUUGCUUGAAUUAUCUGAAGGGACUUAUUUAUCUUAGAACACAGUGUCUGAGAAAUAAAUACUGAAGUUGAAGAGCCACUGAGCCUCCUGAAAGACCUAAAGGACCGCUGUAUUGUUUGCUUCUCCUUUUUUGUUGGUUUUAUUUUGAUAAGAAGUAUGGAUCGUAUGGAGCUUAAGAGAGUUAGUACAGAGGCUGAUGACAGCAACAGUGAAAGCGGUAUGGAUGAUGACUACACAAAAUUGACAAAUUCAGAGAAAGCUACCAUCAGCAGUCAAUUUCAUGACGAAGAUGAUGCCGAAAUUGAGAGGUUUCUGACAAAUGAGUUUUCAGGGAAAACAAAAUUUGAAGACUAUCAAGAAGAAUAUCAUCCUGGAAUGACAUCAUUUGGAAUGUCAGCUUUCAACCUCAGCAACGCUAUCAUGGGGAGUGGCAUUCUUGGUCUGUCCUACGCUUUGGCCAAUACUGGGAUCAUACUGUUUGUAACCUUGUUGCUUACAGUGGCCAUAUUGUCAUUGUAUUCUAUUCAUCUCUUACUAAAGACUGCAAAGGAAGGAGGCUCUUUAGUUUAUGAGAAAUUAGGAGAACGAGCUUUCGGGUGGCCUGGGAAAAUUGCAGCCUUUGGUUCUAUUACACUGCAGAAUAUUGGAGCAAUGUCAAGCUACCUCUUUAUAGUCAAGUAUGAACUACCAGAAGUAAUACGGUCAUUUAUGGGAAUAGAAGAAGUCAAUGGAGUGUGGUAUACAAAUGGCAACUACCUUGUUGUACUUGUGUCGCUAUGCAUUAUUCUGCCUCUCACAUUUCUCAAGAACUUAGGGUACCUUGGUUACACAAGUGGAUUUUCUCUCUCUUGUAUGGUUUUCUUCGUUUGUGUUGUCAUAUAUAAGAAAUUUCAGAUUCCCUGCCCGUUGCUUGCAUUGGAUCAUCACUUAGGAAACUUCACAGCAUUGACAAACACCACAGGCCACUGGAUAACUGAUUAUCCAGUGAUCCGUAAUAUAACCGCUGAUCACGAACUGAAUCUUAUGACGCCCUACAUUAAUGGACACACAGCAGCAGAAGAUGAAGAUCAUGCUCUCAUCCGCACCAAUGGGGUCAGUUACGAAGCCCAUUUUGAAGCUGACAUGUGCAAACCAAAAUACCUGGUAUUCAACUCUCAGACGUCGUACACCAUUCCCAUUCUUGCCUUUUCAUUUGUGUGCCAUCCUGAGGUACUUCCAAUCUACAGUGAACUUAAAGGUCGCUCUCAAAAGAAAAUGCAACAUGUAUCCAAUGUGUCAAUUGCUGCGAUGUUCAUCAUGUACCUACUGGCUGCUCUUUUUGGGUACCUGACCUUUUAUGGGCAAGUUGAAACAGAGCUGCUUCAUACUUUCACGAAAGUAUACCAUUUUGAUGUGUUACUGUUGUGCGUCCGCCUGGCUGUCCUGGUAGCAGUCACAUUGACAGUACCUAUUGUACUUUUCCCGAUCCGAACAUCGAUUCAGGAACUGAUAUGUCCAAGACGGUCCUUCAACUGGAUACGACAUAUUGUAAUUGGAGCAAUCCUGCUAAUUUUAGACAACCUUCUGGUGAUAUUUGUUCCAAACAUUCGGGAUAUUUUUGGGUUUAUAGGUGCAUCUGCAGCUACAAUGCUUAUCUUUAUACUCCCUUCAGCCUGUUACAUCAGACUCGUGAAAAAAGAAUCAAUGAAAUCCACGCAAAAGAUUGGGGCUAUGAUUUUCCUUAUCAUUGGCAUAAUCUUCAUGAUUGGAAGCAUGACUCUUAUCGUCAUUGACUGGAUUCACAACCCACCCAGUUCAGGUGGCCAUUAACAAGGACUGUCAAUGCUUCUGAAUAGAAACACCGGUUUCUACAUCUAACAAACCACUCCAACGGACAGAAACAGUGGGAGUCAGAUGCCAUUCCUCUUCCUUUUUAAAACAGCAUGAUUCCAGAAAUUUGAGCUGAUGAGGAGUUAACAACUAUAUGUAGAUAACUGAAGAUCAGCUCUUGCAAAGGAUUGUUUCGGUUCAGCAUUAAAUCUCCUUGGACUUGAGAGAAAAUUAUUCCGAAUCAUAGGAUGUGCUGGGAAUAAAGGCACGAUAGAACAAUACUUCAGGCAAAGUGCGCUUUAACUGCUGACUGUAGUAAAUUUAGGAAAAUGUGUACCUUUUGCUCAAACAUUGGAAACCUUUCGUCUUUGAGGUUGUACAUAGUUUUCAAAUAUUACACCAAGCAUGCGCAUGCAUUUUCUAACUUACACAACAUGCCUGUUAGAGUUAGCCUCAUCUUUUUAGACAUAGAAGUUGCAUCUAGCUGCUACAGUGGAUUGAGCUGCUGGGGUAAAAGCAUCCUCCUUUUCUUAACAGCUUGGUUAAACUGAUGUUCGUUCAAAAGUUUUGCAUUGCUGGAGUAAAGCUCAAGACUCUUAUCUUGUCCUCCUCCAAUCCCUCAUUCCUACCAAUUACAGAGUCUUGAUCUAGGAUCAUAGCUUCCCUACAGUGUGGAAGCAGGCCAUUCAGCCCAUUGCAUUAACACUGACCCUCCGAAGGGCAUCCCACCCAGACCUACCACCCCCCAAUGUAUCCCUGCAUUUCCCAUUGGUAAUCCACCUAACCUAUGUAUCCCUGGGCACUGCAAGCAAUUUAGCACGGCCAAUCCACCUAACCUACAUAUCUUUGGACUGUGGGAGGAAACCAGAGCACCUAGAGGAAGCCCAUGCAGACACUGGGAGAACGUGCAAACUCCACAGAAACAGUCAUCCCAUUGGGUGGAAUGGAACGCAGUUUCUUGGCGCUGUGAGACAGCAGUGUUAACCACUGAACCACUGGACUACUCGUCUAGUGAUGAAUAGCCUUUUACAAAUGAAAGGAGCAGAAGAUUUGGUAUAAAAUUAUGCCUCGUAUGUUACCUGAUUCAAACUAAUUAGUCGUAUUUCAUUCUAACUUUUAAACUGCAAAGAUAUGCAAUAUGUCAGGAAUCUUUAAUUCACUGAGUUAUUAGUAGAAUGUAUACAUUAUUACCUCUCACAAAGGUGGAAGAUUCAUGACGAUCUGAAGCUUUGGAUCAUUUCACAGGAUCCAGCCAAAUAAAUAAGCUAUUGCCUUGCCUCGCCAACAUGUAUAAAUUGCUAUUUUUCUAAUAUUUCAAGGUUAUAUCGCUUAUGUUGCUUUGCAAAUACUGUUGAAAUUUCAGAACAAUUGUUGUUUGAAUAAUAGCUUUGUCUUCCAAGCAUAAACAAAAAGGUGUGAGAGGGCGAAGUGGUUUUAAAAGUGAACUGCAUUGUUGAACUAGCACCAGGUACUGAGAUUGUUAUACUGAUUAAUGAUUUCAUCGAUGUGUAUAAUUUUUUAUGAGCUGAUAUUUUUGGAAUUAAAAUGUAAAGUUGUUUUUCUGUUACUUUUUUAAAAAAUCUCUAGAAUUAUCAAUGAAUCAGAUUCAGUUUUAAACUAGCCUCUCCUUGGCAUUUGUAGUCUUAAUUGUAAAGUUGCCCUGCACUACAAUACAAUAUCUUACUCAUUUGCACAGUACCUUUUUGACUUCUGAAUUAGUUGCCCAGAAGUUCCGCUGAUCUACCAUGAUUAACAUUUAUCAAUUGAUGUGCUUUUAAAAGAUAAAUGAAAUAGGGAAAAAAAAAACUUGCUUCCUGAGUUUGAUAAUGCUUUGAAGUUUUGAUAUCCCAAAAAAACUUGAGUGAAUUUUGACACUGGAAUUUCAAAACUAGUUUGUAUCUUUUCUGCAUUAUUCAACAAACAUGUUUGUAUUGUAAUAAAAGCUUGUGGUCAUUCUGAUGGACAA